UUCUAAUCAGCUUGAUCCAAUGCAAGGGAAAUAAUGGUAACUUUUGGGAUUUUAUGACUUCCAAAUUCACAAGUCCCGUGAUGAAUCAAGGUGUGCUAAUUAGACUCGGAUGAUCUUCUGCCGCUACUACCUGAUAUGAGUCCUUUCGGUCAUGAUAUAAUUUUAUCCAGUUGGCGAGCUCAAUUGAGUAAUAAUGGUUCAAACCCUUCCUUGUUUAGAGCAGUCUAUAAUGCAUCUGGAUGGCCAUAGCCAUGGUUUAUCGAAGGGAAACUGGUGGAGAGGAGAAUGAUGCGCAAGUAUAUCGUGUGGAAAACGUUACUGAGUACUUUAUAAGCUUCAACACAAUUUGUGAUGCUAUUCAGGAGCGACAAGAUGCUAUUUACAUGCUGGUGGAGAAAGAUAUGGAUUGUAUGUUAGUUGUUGGUGGUUGGAACUCGAAUAAUACAUCGCACCUUCAAGAGAUAGCUGAGGAACGCGGAAUUCCUUCUUACUGGAUUGAUAGUGAGCAAAUAAUUGGUCCAGGAAACAGAAUAGCACAUAAAUUGAAUCAUGGCGAACUUGUGGAGAAAGAAAACUUUCUACCAAAGGGUCCAUUAAGGAUUGGUGUAGCAUCUGGUGCAUCUACACCAGAUAAGGUCGUGGAAGACGCACUUAUCAAGGUGUUUGACUUGAAAAGGGAAGAAGCAUUGCAACUCACGUAAAGUAGGUUUGCAUACAUACAUUAUUAAAUGUGUAAAUGACAUGUGAGACUUGAAUUAAAGGCUAUGUUACAAUUCAACUUGUAGAAUUUAUAAAUGAGAAACCUCAAUGUAAAAUGAAAUAAAUUCUUCCAUUUGUUAUCAUAGACCAAUAAUCUAUUAGCACUAAGAUCAUCCAUGCAUUUGUAAACUCUGGCUGCAAGGACAUGAAAAUAUAUCUCUAUUGAUGGCAU